GCUGGGGAAUCAUGCAUCAGAAGCUGCUGAAGAGCGCGCACUACAUCGAGCUGGGCAGCUACCAGUACUGGCCGGUCCUGGUGCCCCGCGGCAUCCGCCUCUACACCUACGAACAGAUCCCCGUGUCCCUCAAAGAUAACCCCUACAUCACCGACGGCUACCGGGCCUACCUGCCUUCCAGGCUGUGUAUCAAAAGUUUGUUUAUUUUAUCCAAUGAGACGGUAAACAUCUGGAGUCAUUUGCUGGGUUUCUUUCUCUUCUUCACCCUGGGAAUAUAUGACAUGACAUCCGUGCUGCCUUCAGCAAGUGCAUCCAGAGAAGAUUUUGUAAUUUGCUCCAUUUGUCUUUUCUGUUUCCAGGUCUGUAUGCUUUGCUCAGUGGGCUAUCAUCUUUUCUCCUGUCAUCGGUCAGAAAAAACUUGUCGAAGAUGGAUGGCAUUGGAUUAUGCAGGGAUUUCUAUUGGAAUCCUGGGCUGCUAUGUCUCGGGAGUGUUUUAUGCAUUUUAUUGUAAUAAUUAUUGGCGUCAAGUGUACUUGAUCACCGUGCUCGCAAUGAUUCUCGCAGUGUUCUUCGCACAGAUUCAUCCCAAUUAUCUCACACAACAAUGGCAGAGGCUCCGCCCUAUCAUCUUUUGUUCUGUUUCGGGGUAUGGAGUGAUCCCUACUCUUCACUGGGUUUGGCUUAAUGGAGGAAUCAGUGCUCCUAUUGUACAGGACUUUGCACCCCGAGUAAUUGUGAUGUAUGUGAUCGCUCUUCUUGCUUUCCUGUUCUACAUUUCCAAAGUUCCAGAACGGUACUUUCCAGGACAGCUAAACUACCUCGGAUCAAGCCACCAGAUCUGGCAUAUCCUUGCAGUAGUGAUGUUAUACUGGUGGCAUCAGUCAACAGUAUAUGUCAUGCAGUACAGACACAGCAAGCCUUGCCCUGACUAUGUUUCGCACCUGUAAAUUCAGGAGAGAAAUAACAGUAGGGCCCUCUGAGGAAAGUGAACUUCUGUACCUUCCACAGCUUGUGUGAAGAGCCACCAAGGCCCUCAUCCUGUUCUUCUAAUGUGGCAUGAAACUACUGCCCGGCAUGCAGGAGUUAUUGCCGAGUCCACCUGGAGUAUCUACUGUUUAGAAGGAAAUGGAGCAGCACCAAAUGGGUCUAAUUCGACUGGUUGGGACUGUUGAGACUCACGUGGUGUAACAAGUUCUGUAAAGGGCACGGCACCGAAGUCAUCCAUUCUCAAUGCGUCUGCACUAUGGAAUGACCCGUGCACUGAAUUCUGUCUUGGCCUCCCAGGCAAGAUGGUAUUGUGGUCAACACAGAUGUCGCUUAGGCCCUGAUGGGACUGGUGCCACGACAAGUCUGGAGGAUGGAAAGGCUUGGCACCAAAGGGGUCCAGCAGACUCUCCUCGGGUUGCAGGCCACUGCCUCUGUCUCUGCCAUCAGUCAGUGCAACGCUGAUGUUCUCCUUCGAGUCGGAAAUUGUUAAAAACUCACUGCUGCUUUGUGAGUCUCUGCGGCCCACCUUCUUGUGUCUGCGGGCCCUCUCGGGGGUGCGGUAGGGAGGCUUCAGGGGCUUCUUUGAACUGGUGGGUGUGCCGUGGUGGCGCUUCCCAUUGCUUUUGGACACAUCCUGCUUUGUGCGCCUCUGGCGAGAAGUCAGUUUCUGCAAGCUGCGCUGUUUGACUUUCUGCUGCUGACUUCCGGUUAUUUCCUCAAAGGGCACGAGCCCAAAAACAUCCUCCCUGCUCUCACUUCUACUCGCUGAUGUGGAAAAUGGCUGAAAGGGAGUGGAGCCAAACAUAUCUACACUUCUGGGCCGUGCAGGCAACGGGCGCGUGUCAGGCCCCGCUGUGGGCCAGUCCUGUACAUUAUUCACCUUCUUGUUGAAGGGUGCCCUUGUGAACACAUCAAAGUCCUCCUGCUCCGGAAAUGUCUGCUGGGAGAGGUUCUUCCCGUUCCCCCUGUGCUGCUGCUGUGGAGCUUGCACCGCGAAGAAGGGAACCGCACCGAACACAUCAAACUCCUGGCCAGGAGUCAGCGCAUCAGUCGGUGAACAGGCGGGGGAGAGGAGUGCUGGGUCAGGGGCUGGGCUCCGCCCCCCACCAGUUUCGUACUUGGCUUUAGCCUGUUCAUACUCCGAGUCAGAGCUGUGUUUGUCCUCCUCUUCCUCAUCUUCAGAGUCCAUGAGCAAAGGCCUGUGACCCAGGUUCUCGGGCUCGGUGUCGUCAUCAUUAAAGUCCCCGUGUUCUCCCUGA